AUGGGCGAAGCAUCAAGCGAGGACUACUCCGAGAUUGAUAACGCACCACAGUUUAGACCUACCCCAGAUGUACUUGGGUCAAACUCCUGGGCUAACGCGGAAAACCCAAAGCUUGCAAAACAAAGGCCCUUUAUCAUGAGAAGGCGGUCUACCAAUUACACAGAUGCCUUGGAACGGGAACGUAACUUACCUGAAGCCAUUUCGAACAAUCUGAAUAUUGUCAAGAGUCUCGACACCGAAUUCAUGGACCAGCAAUCUAACAAGCACAGACUACAGGAAGGAUCAGCGCAGCUACAAAACGAGGACUCGUUUUUCAAAUAUGAUAACGUGGAAACUGGCCCUCGCCUACUCCCAGCGGAUGCCCUGGUGGGGACUGCCAAAGCAAGCACACCACGUUCCCAGACGUCUACGCCUUCUGCUGGCCCUUAUGGAAUCACUUACUGUGAUGGUGAUAAGCCACGCAACCACGAUGAGAUGUGUGAAGAAUUUCCUCGUGGAGCGCCUUUGAUGCAUAGGCGGUCAUCGCUUUUGGAAGACUACAAAAAGGACAUGUACAACAAACAGCAUCUAUUUGGGACAUGA